AUGCUGCGCAAGCUCCGGUGCUGCGCAGCAACCCGAGCAGUGUUCCAGAGGCUGGGCCUCUGCGAUCUUGGUGCACGCAGUGCACGCAGCUUCUCAUUUAAGGUCAAGGGCAAAAAGUCUGUGCAGAGCAUCUAUGACAGACAGAAUAAGCAGCGGGCGCACCGCGAGGCCUUCGAGACCGCGGCUCAACCGAUUAUCGAGUCUGAGAUGUACACACCGGAGAUUCUCAAGACAGACAACCUGACGCGAUACUGCAUCCGCUUGGUUGCGUAUGGUCUGCACAUGCCGGAGUUGUUAGAUAGAUAUGCAGAGAGGGCCGAGGAGCUCGCUGCGCAGCUGCAGCCAAGCCAGUUCGGUCUCAUUUUGAGUUCUUUCGCUCGAGCAUCCCACCGACAUGACAAGAUGCUGAAAGUCUUCAGCAAGCGAAUGAUGCCUCGCUUGCCACAGUUUGUGCCCGCUGACAUCAGCCGGACAUGCAGCGCCUAUGCAAAGCUGCAGGAGCGUGACGAGGCGCUGUUCCGACGAAUGGCCACGGAGAUGCCGCACAAGCUUCCUCUUUUCGAAGGAUAUCAGCUGGGUGCAGUUGCAAACGCUUAUGCGCGGAUGGACAUCCGGGAUGACCUUCUCUUUGAUGACAUCGCUGACGAGGUUCUUCGCCGACCGCAUGAAUUGAACCACGUGACCUUGCUACUUGUGGCAAAUGCAUUUGCCCGCUUCAAGAUGGGGCACCGCCGCUUGUGGCCAGUUCUGGCAGAAUGGCUGCUACAAGCACAUCUGGACUUCCAGGCCCAGGAUGUUGGCACCGUGCUGAAUGCCCUGAGCGCGGUCGACUUCCAGCACGAGGCGCUCGUUCGAACUCUUCUUCUGGUCCUGUCGGAGGAGCCACUCCUCUCAGAAGCCAGUGCAGCAACACUCUGCCUUGUCUUCAAUGCAUUGGGCCGUCUCCGGCGGCCACAGUCCGCUGAUGACGAGGCAGUGCAGGCUGUUGCCGUGCUGUCUAAGCAAGCUUCAGCUGGGCUGGACAGCCUGGGACCACCCGGUUUGAUGCAGCUUCUCCACGCCUGCGCCAGGUGGAAGCCCCUGCAGUCAGCAGAUCUGACAGAGGGCAUCCUGCGCAAAGUCCGCCAAAGGCUUUCAGAGUUCCAGGCGCAUUCACUAUGUCUCCUGGUGCACUCCAGCGCACGGCUCCAGCAACGGGAUGUGGCGCUCUUCACGCAGGUUGCAAAAGCAAUUGUGCCGCAGCUGCCGCAGUUCACUCCGCAGGCUUUGGCACUGACAGCUCAUGGAUAUGCAAAGAUUGAGGUGCGAUCCGAGAUCUUGUUUUAUCUCAUGGCGGAGGAGAUUGUGCAGAAAAUGCCUCUUUUCUCUGGUCAGGGCGUGGGCAUGACCUUGCAGUCCUUUGCAACGUUGCAGAUCAACAACCAGAAGCUGGUUCGAGCAUGCAUCAAGCAUGUGCGAGCACUCUCAGAGGAGCUCACUCUUCAUGAGGUUGAUGCCAUAGAGAAAAGCCUGCGGCAACUCGAAGCGCUGGAUGGUUCAACGGAUGCACUUCUGCGCAGCUUGCGACGAAAGCUCAUGAUGCAGGCGGCCUAUUCUCCAGAGGAUGACCCCUGGGAAGCAUCUGCCGAAAGUUUGCUACAGAGGCUGUCAGAGGCUGGCCAGGCUGGGCCGAUGCAAGCUGUGUCCACUGAGUCUGGUGACUACAGUGGUACAUCCAGCAAGCACGAGCAGCCCAAAGAGCAAGCAGAGCCGGCCGAGUCUCUCGAGUCUGCGCGUGAGUCACCAGCAGACCUCUGGACCAUGUGGUUGCGGUCGCACGAGCCAUCUGACACGGCAGAAGGAGACAGUCUGACCUCGGGCGAGUCUGAGACGUCCACAGGUGCGACACCUCGUUCUCGUCUGCGGGAGUACCUGUCCAGGCCAGAGCGGAUCGGCCGCAAAACCAUUGUGGUCGGAGGGGAGCAACGUGCAGACCGUGCAGGUGGACGGAAACACGGACGCAGACACGAGAAGGUCAGCUAG